UUUUGUGCAAAUUUAUUGUUUAUUUCAAUGUGAAAUUAUUUUUGUAAGUGUAAAUAAAAAGAGAUCUGCAUUUAUUAUUAUUAAUUUCCAAUUGCAUUCGUAUUUCCUUUACUUCUCAUGGUAUUUAAAUUAAUUUCUUAAAAUCAUUUAGCACAGAAUUUCUACUUCUUCUUGUGAACAAUGACUGAGCAAGUAUUAGACAAAGAAACAUGGCCAUUAGAAGCAGAAGCUGCAUUGAAUGAUGUACGGAAACAUGUCAAAGAAGCAAUAGUCGAGCCAGACUUGAGGAGUACUAAUCAAAAGAUAUACCUUAAAAUAACCACCCAUGAAGAUGAAGUGUACACAGUGGAAAUGUCAGCAUCAGGAUUUAGUGUUGUUGAGGGCCACAAUAAAAGAUUUAUUACUUCGGAAAGGAAAUAUGAAACUCUUUAUGCUCUAUUAGAUAAUAUUAGUCAAAAAUAUAGAGAAUCCUUUGGCGAGGAAUUAACAUUGAAAUUAAGAGACUUGGAGAGAAAAAGACAGGGAUGAAUCUUUGUAAAUAUUUAACAUCCAAAUUACAAGUUUAUUUGCCAUAAUAUUGUUCAAUUUCAGGAUUAUUAAAUGUUUAGAUUUUAAAAUGCAUUGAGUUCUUUGGAAUUGUAUUUUUAACUAUAGUAUUAUUGUUGACUUUAUAUAUGUAUUUGUGUAUAUUAUAUAUGUUAUGUACUUUAUAUAUUUAAAAUGAAAAGAAAAUUUGUAAGAUUUGUAAAUUGCUCAACAACUUUAAUUAGAAAUCAAUAGUUUUAAAUCGAAAGUUUUUUUUUAAUAAUGUGAUUAAUAAUAUUUAUACUCAAAACAUCAGCAUUUAUAAGCAAUUUCUGUGUAAUGUCAAUGUUGCCUCGACAUAUAAUUUCAGUAAUUGUAAAAUAAGUGUCAUUUUAAAUCACUUGUUUCUGUUAAACAACAUUUAGUACAAACUUUGCAUUUAAUUAUAAUUUCUCUCUAAUUUUGUUUAAUAUAUUGUGUCAUAUUUUGAAACUGUAAGUUGUAUAUCGUAAAAAUUAAAAGUGCUCUUAGAAAAUAUUGGCCAGUGGACUUUAAAUAU